AUGCGUCCAUUAAGAACUUGUGAAAAAAAAAGUUUCAAAAGGUUAAUUUUAGGACUUACUGGAUCAAAUGAUGUUAAUAUAGUUCCAAGCAGAAAACAGUUAUUAAAACAAUUGGAUUUAAAAUAUGAACUAUACGUUUCAAUGCUAACCAAUUUAGUUGCAAAAAAAGACUAUAUUUGUGCAACAGCCGAUAUAUGGAGUGCCAUUAAUCGAAGUUACAUGGGAAUGACUUGUCACUUCAUAGACGAAGAAACAUAUUUUCGCCAAUCAUAUGUCAUUGGUUGUAUAGGUCGCAUAAAAGGAAGCCACAACUAUCAAAAUAUUACUGAAGUUAUAAUAGACAUUACAAAAACUUACAAAAUUGAUCUAUCAAAAAUAACACAUAUUGUCACAGAUAAUGCUUCUAACUUUGGUAAAGCAUUCAGAGUAUUCUCUUCUCUUCCACCUCAUGAAAAAGCAAGUACAAGUGAUGUGGGGAAUUUUGAUGAAAGUAGUUCUGACUGCUCAGACUUGGAUCCAGAAAGAGUUAAUUUGAAUAAUUUGUGA